AGACGAAGUGACGUCGUCCUGAGGUAGCGUAAUGCUAACUCAAUCCACACGCACUCUCUCCCUCUCCCUCUCCCUCUCCCUCUCCCACCCUCUAUUUCUAUAUAUAUUCCUGUCUCUGCUUUUGUGCCAACUAAAACCUUCCUUGCCUCUGCUACUUUAAUUCUCCUACUUUCUCUGUUUUUCUCCCUUGAUUCUUGAAAUUAAGAACAUAAAACAUGGAAUAUAGCGAGGGAUCAAUGACCUCUCUACCUGCAAUUACACUUCCCCAUCCUUUUUCUUCCUCUUCUUCAUCUUCCUCUGCUUCUCCCCCUUCUUCUCACCAUUCCUCUCCCUCCGACCAUCUCCCUCCUCCGUCCCCUCCUCCCGCCGUUGUGCUCAGCCCCUGCGCCGCCUGCAAGAUCCUCCGCCGCCGGUGUGCCGAGAAAUGCAUUCUGGCGCCGUACUUUCCCCCGACGGAGCCCCUCAAGUUCACGACCGCGCACAGGGUGUUCGGAGCCAGCAACAUCAUCAAGCUAUUGCAGGAACUCCCGGAUUCACAGAGAGCAGACGCAGUAAGCAGCAUGGUGUACGAAGCAAACGCAAGAAUCAGAGACCCUGUUUACGGAUGCGCAGGGGCAAUUUGCCAGCUGCAGAAACAGGUGAGCGAUUUGCAAGCGCAGCUGGCCAAAGCCCAGGCCGAGCUUGUCAACAUGCAACUCCAGCAGGCAAAUCUCUUCUCGUUAAUCAUGGAAAUGGCACAGGACGAAUCCGCCCAAUCUCCAACACAGGAUCCCAUCGUCUCCUGCAUCAACAACGCCGACACUACUACGACCACCGUCGGCAACUUCUUCUUCGACGACUCCAGUCUGGGCUCUGCCUGGGAACCUCUCUGGACAUGAUCAACGGAUCCAUCUCCGAGGAUUAAAACUACAAGCUAGUUUAAAUUAGUGAUCAAUAGUAGCUGUCGUUAAAUUAUGUAUACUGAAAUGUAAGAUGUUUCCAAUAAAUCAAAGGGGGAGGGGGAUAUCAGAAAUGCAGGAGUGGGAUUGUGAAUUUCAUUUAUAAUUUAAUUUGAUUUAUGGGUUUUUGCUCCCCAAUUCCCUAGCUAGUCGGGAUUCUCCAAAGGAAGAAAGCGAUGAAGAGAAGACGGGGAACUGGGGAUGCUAUUGCUGUCAGAUGUACCGAGUCUGCUUAAGCUAGUUCAAAGCUUUGAGUUAGAAAAUAUAAACAACUAUUGGUGACCUAA